GCUCGCGGCCCUCACCGCACCUGCCGUCCCACGUAAACGCGCCGGAAAUAGGAAGUGCAGUGGCUGACGUUCGAUAUUGUUCGAAUUUCGAAUUAUUUUGUUGUUUUUACCACAAAAACUGUGCGUGCCCCUUCAAGGAAUUUUAAAAUUGCGUGAACUCAUCGGCACGUAGUUGACACUGGAUCAAGAGUUGACACUUUCACCAACCCGAAGCGUGGAAUGUUCCCACGGCAAACCCGGGGAAACUAAGAAAAUGUAUAGAGAAAAUUGGGCUCGAUGCGUCAGGUGAACCAUCAUGCGCCCGAGGGUGCCAUGCCGAGCGCGGGUCCGCCUCAAACCAGUUUUAUCCGGAUUGGUCUGGCUGCUACUGAUCCAGAUUGCCGUAGCGAACAGACCGCCACGUUUCCUCAUAGAUGGCCAGUCGGAGAUCGUUGUGAGAUUGAAGGAAGGUGUUGAAACCCCUGUGGGCAGUCUAAUAUAUCGAUUGAGGGGUGUCGAUCCUGAUGGAGAUCCCUUGAAGUUCGGCAUAAAAGACCAACUGGGGAGUGAUAUCUUAAGAUUAGAAACCAUUUCGUCCAACGAAGCUAAUAUUUAUUUAGUUAAGGAAUUAGAUAGAGAGACGCGAGAUGAAUAUUCUUUUGUCCUCACAUUGACGGAUGGAUAUUUAGGAGAAGGAAAUUUUAUUACCCAAAGCUUUUUACUGUUAGUAGAAGAUGUGAAUGACAACGAACCAAUUUUUAAGCCAUAUCCAUCAGCAAUCACCGUAAAAGAAGACGCACCGCCAGGUAUUAUAGCUACAGUGGAAGCAACGGACCUUGACGAAGGAGCUUACGGUCAAGUUUUGUAUGGCCUUCAAGAGCUAGACGGAGACUUGGACAGUUUCUCAGUACAAACAAUUAAUGGAAAAGGAGUGAUACGGCUAACUAACCGAUUAGAUUACGAGCGAAAAUCGCUUUAUCAACUGAGAGUGUUAGCUGUGGAUCGAGCUAACCAGGGCCGAGUAAACACAGGCACUGCCGCUAUACUUGUGAAGGUGCAAGAUGUGGAAGAUCAGCCCCCAGAGUUUGUGGUGGCCAGUCCUGUUACUAGAAUUAGUGAGGAUGCGCCAAUCGGGACUUCGGUUUUGCAAGUACGUGCCAUUGAUGGUGACAGAGGCAUCAACAACCGCAUCUCAUACAGCAUCAUAUCGGGUGGUGAAGAGCAAUUCGACAUCGACAGCAGCUCGGGCAUUGUUUACACAAUUAAUUCCCUGGACAGGGAAGAUCCGAACAACAGCAAUGGAGCUUAUAUCUUGGAAAUAUUGGCUACAGAAGAGUCCCGGAGUGUCUCACCUCUGCCAAGUGCUACAACUGAAGUAACAGUAAUCGUAACAGAUGUGAAUGAUGAAACACCCACAUUUCGCAGUGACCGUUAUGUAGGGGAAGUGCUAGAAAAUGCACAACAAAAUACUCCCAUAACAUUCAUGAAGGAUGCAAUCCCAGAAGUCUUUGAUUAUGACCAGGGCACAAAUGGUACAUUUGAGCUGUUUUUGAGCGGGGACAAUGGUGUCUUCGACGUGACACCAUUCAAAGGAAUCAAUGAGGCGUCCUUCCUCAUAAGGGUCAAUGACCCCACGUUUUUAGACUAUGAGAAGGUCACUGUAAUGAAUUUUAGUCUAGUCGCCAAAGAAAUGGUUGCCAAAGAUCCCAAAAUGAGUGUAGUCCCAAUAAUGGUCCACAUAAAGGACGAAAACGACAAUUUUCCAGAGUUCACGGAAUCUUUGUACACUGUGUCCAUUCCUGAGAAUUGCGGUGUGGGCACCACAGUCGCGUGGGUCCAGGCCUUGGAUCAGGACUCUGAUAAUUACGGCACGAGGGGAAUUAGAUACACAAGUCUUAGUGGGAGUAUUGCUAACUUAUUGUACCUCAAUCCGGUAUCAGGUGUAAUAACCGUCAAAGAAGCCGGCGGAAACAGUUUCGAUCGAGAAUUGAUUUCCCAACACUACCUCACAGUCGAGGCGCGAGACGACCUCGGCCGAGGCAACAGAAACACAGCCCAAUUGGUUGUUAAUAUUGAAGAUGUGAACGAUAACGCGCCGAUGUUCCUAGCCAAUAAAUACGAGGCAAGGUUAUUGGAGAAUGAGGCGCAGUUUGAAAACCCUCUGGUGCUGGAAGCUAGAGAUAUCGAUUUGAAUGGAACCAAAAACAGUCACAUAGAGUACUCGAUCGUGAGCGGAGAAUACAAGAACAACUUCACAAUCGAUCCUAACCUGGGCAUCAUCAGCCCAGUCGGAGGGCUGGAUUUCGAACAGAUACCUGGCGACAACACUAAUAUUAGGCCUAUACACUUGACUGUCCGUGCCCGCGACUUCGGCACGCCGCCGCUGUCGUCGGCCGCGCCCGUGACAGUGUACGUGCAGGACGUGAACGACCACGCGCCGCUGUUCCAGCAGAUGCUGUAUCGCCGCUCCAUACCCGAGGACCUGCCCGGGGGCGCCAGCGUCUUAGAGGUUAAGGCUCGAGAUGCUGACGGUUCUUCCCCCAAUAACCGCGUUGUGUAUCGCAUCCAAAGAGGGGCCAGUGACAAGUUUGUUAUAGACUCUAGCACUGGAGUUGUGUCUGUGGCCAAUGGCUCCUCUCUGGACCCGGACAAGACUAAUCCCAAGAGCAAUAGAUACACCCUCACUGUGGUUGCUAUAGAUGGCGGUAUAGGCGACCAGCAACUGAGCGCAGCAGUACUGGUGAACAUCACUAUUGUUGACGUGAACAACAAACCACCGGUUUUAAUAGAACCAGGGACUGUCGCGGUUAAGGAAAAUACUGAGGUAGGCACAAUAAUCUAUCGUGCAGAAGCCUACGAUCCCGACGAACAGCCAGUAUUGAGGUAUUCCAUAGACCGCGCGGGAAGUAUCGCCAGAAAUGAAGACGGAAUAAUAGUUCCUAUCACUGAAUAUGAUUUUUUGGCGUUGUGGGAUCUUAAUCCGGUCGAUGGCACUCUGAGGAUCAUAAGAUUACUAGACCGGGAGAAAAUCGAGACUAUCAAGCUAAUAAUAACAGUAGAAGAUAUGGCGGCAAUCGAUGGCGGUCCGCCACAAACCGCCACUACCAUAUUGACUAUCAUUGUAGAAGACGAAAAUGAUAACAACCCUAAAUUCAGGAAGCCCUACUAUAGGACCUCUGUGACGGAGAAUUCUAAGAACGGCGCCCACAUAGCGACCGUGAUAGCCGACGACGCUGAUAAAAAUAGAACUAUGACUUAUUUUGUUGAAGGUCCCCAAGAGCUAUUAGGCAUGGUUCACAUGGAAGCCACGACAGGCGAGUUGGUGGUCGCCAAUAGAAUAGACCACGAACUGUAUCCGUGGAUAAACUUAACUGUGAAAGCGAUUGACAGUGGAGUACCCCCGAGGUACUCUGUCGCCGAUUUAUUUAUACAGGUGAUAGACGAGAACGACAACAAUCCGAUAUUCGAAACGUCGUCGUUCGACUAUACCGUGCGCGAGGACGAGCCGCCGGGCGCUGUGGUCGCCAACAUAGCGGCCAGAGACGCGGACUCCGGCGAGUUUGGGAAAAUAACAUAUUUGCUGGACAGAAUGUCUACACAGGGUAAAUUCCUCAUAAAUCCAGAUACUGGGGCGCUGACAGUAGCCGAAUAUUUAGACCGGGAGACUCAAUCAGUUUACAAUCUGGUGGUGGAGGCCUGGGACAACUAUCAGUUCGGCUUCCUUAGCGGAGAGAGCCGGAACGCUUUCAAACAGAUUGUCGUGCACAUAGAGGACGUGAACGACAACGCACCAAAAUUGCAGUUACCAGAAGAAUGCAGCAGUAUUACAGAGUUCCACAAUCCCCGCGAACCGAUAAUAUCCGUGUCGGCCACCGACGCUGAUGACCCUGCAUUGCCUAAUGGAAGGGUGCAGUUCCACUUAGUCGGCGGCAAGGGCCACGAGCUAUUCCGCUUCGAGCAAGUGGGGGGCGAAGCGAACACGGCUCGGUUGUUCGCGAAGCAGUCGCUGCGGGACCGCUUCGGGAACUACUCGCUGGCGCUGGAGGCGCGCGACCUCGCCCGUCCGCCGCUCGUCGCGCGCGCGGACCUCCGUCUGUGUGUGUCGGAUUACAACGACCACGCGCCCGUGUUCGUGCAUCCGCCGCAAAACGUCACCAUUAAAGUGCCUGAGAACGCAACAAUUGGAACUCUAGUAGUAACAGUGCACGCGAUCGACGCGGAUAUAGGCGGCAACGGCGCCGUGAGAUAUCGCGUGAAACAAGACGCCGGUGGCUCUUGGAGAACCUUCUCUGUGCACGCGACCAGCGGCGCCUUGCGGACCACCAGAGCGCUGGACCGGGAUCUGCAAACCACGUAUCAGCUAAGAAUCGAGGCUUACGAUCUCGGCCUUCCCACGCCUCUCAGUUCAGACCUGGACCUAACGGUAUACGUCCAGAACGUUGACAGCUACCGGCCGCGGUUCCCCGAUCGCCAUUUACGACUGAACGUGACAGAGAAUGCACUAGAGUUCUCAGUUUAUUUGCCGAGUGUGGUGGAGAGAGAUGAGAUCGAUAGGGGAGAUGAGCCAGUGUUGCCAGUCUGCUAUUAUAUUGUCAAAGGAAAUGAAGAUGUGGCCUUUGAACUUCAUAGGAGCACGCAUUUAUUGUCGACGCUAAAGCCCUUAGACCGCGAGCAAAAAUCAGAAUACUCGCUAACUAUUCUCGCGUCUGAAGAUUGCGUGUCUGUGCCUCAAUACCGACCGGAAACUGAUGCAAUCAGCACUUUAUCUGUCAACGUGACAGUGACAGAUGUCAACGAUAAUCCGCCAAAAUUCACACGCAAGAUAUUCACUGGGGGAGUUACCACGGAAGCUGAUUUUGGUAUCGAGUUCAUGUCUGUCAAAGCGGAAGAUUUGGACGAAGGUGACAACGCCAAAAUCGGUUAUUACCUAAUGGGCGACGUGAAAGAAACCCUUACUGAAGGGCUAGAAAACCUGGCAGUGGCCCCCUUCCUGGUCGAUGUGAACACUGGCGCUGUCGCUCUUAACUUCGACCCCCAGAAAGGAAUGAAAGGAUAUUUUGAUUUCAAGGUAUUAGCGAACGACUCUGGCGGCUUACAAGACGAAGCGCACGUGUUCAUAUAUCUCCUCCGCGAAGACCAACGAGUGCGUUUCGUUCUACGCUCACACCCGUCAGAAAUCAGAGAACGAAUCCACGUGUUCCGGGACCGGCUGGCGCGUGUGACGGAAUCCGUCGUCAACAUCGAUGAUAUGAGAGUACACGAAAACAAAGAUGGUUCCGUCGACAACACCAAGACUGACUUGUAUUUGCACCUUGUGAAUGGCCAGGACCAUUCUGUGUUGGAAGUGGAACAGGUGUUGAAGAUUGUGGACAAGAAUAUUGAACAGCUGGAUGGAUUGUUCAAGGAGUUCAACGUGCUGGACACGCAGCCAGCAGAAUACCAGCCGCUGACCGCGGAGACGUUGUCCUCGAACCAGACGGUGUUCUGGCUGGUGUGGACCGCGCUGCUCCUGGCCGUGCUGCUGGCGCUGGCGGUCAUGACGUGUCUCACGCAGCGCGCCGACUACAUCCGCCGGCUAAAGGCUGCCACCGCCACUGCUUAUUCAUCACCCACACCUGGAGAAUCGGACAUGACUAUUCGUAGUUCCGGCGGGAGAGUUCCAAACACCAACAAACACAGUACAAAGGGCUCAAAUCCAAUAUGGCUGCACGCUUAUGAGAACGACUGGUAUAAAUCAGACGACCAACUGAGCCAUUCAGAGCGCGAUUCGCUCGAUGAAAACGCAGUUGACCAGGAUAUUUCCAAUGAAAAGCCUUAUUUUAUAACCACGGGGGCUUUCCCUUCUAUAGAUUCUAAUGAAACAGAACCACAGAGUAACCAAACCAAAUACGACUUUUACCAACAACUGGAACAGAUGAAAAACGCCAAAAACAUGGAGACGACUGAACUGUAAUUAGCUUAGAUGUAUGUGCCUUUGUAAAUUAUGUACUUAAUCAUUGAAGAAUAAAAAAUCGCGAGUACCUU